GUUUCUUGUUAAUAGGAAAGCAUAUUUAUAAGCAAAAGUUGAACCAUACCUAUGCCUCUGAGAUUCUGCGUACUUUGUGUUCACAUCUAUCAAAUUUAAAGCAUGGUGAAAUUGUGCAAAGUGGAGCAGUCCAAGCAAUGUUCAAUGCAAUCAAGAAUGGGAUUGAUGAGUUUGUAAGAGAACUUAUCAAAACUAAUCCAGAUAUAAUUUGGAUGCUUGAAGAAGGAACUUUAAGAGAUAUAUUAAUGUGUGCAAUUGCAUAUCGCCAAGAAAAGAUUGCCAACUUUAUACAUGAACAAGUCAAAUGGAGGGAUGCAACAAUUAAAUUAGAUAAGGACAGAAACAAUCUAUUGCACAUAGCAGGGAAGCAAGCUCCUGAUAUUCAACUUUCUCGCAUCUCUGACGCAGGGCUACAAAUGCAGAGAGAACUACAGUGGUUUAAAGAGGUGGAAAGCAUUGUUCCAGAGUAUUAUAAGGAAUGCAAAAAUGACUUCAAGAAAACUCCUGGUGAAGUGUUCUCUGAGGAGCACAAGGAUUUGCAAAGAAAAGCAGAGGACUGGAUGAAACAGACAGCAGGCUCUUUUACAAUUGUAGGCGCCCUUAUCAUUACCAUGAUGUUUGCUGCAGCUUUUACCGUUCCUGGUGGUAGUAAUAAAGAUACGGGUUUUCCAAUAUUCUCACAUGAUACACUAUUUAUCAUGUUCGUGAUAUCAGAUGCUGUUUCUCUCUGUACUGCAUCCACUUCGGUUUUGGUGUUUUUAGGAGUUCUCACCUCUCGUUAUUCUGAAAAAGAUUUUCUCAUCUCCUUACCAAGAAGGAUGAUCAUCGGGCUUUAUACCCUUUUUAUAUCAAUUGCAGUGAUGAUGAUAGCCUUCGCAGCCGGUGUUGCUAUUAUGCUUGAAGGUCAACUGUGGAUAAUCCUUGUCAUGUCUAUACUAACUUGCAUUCCAGUUUUCUGCUUUGCAUUUCUACAAUUUCCGCUUCUUGUUAAGAUUUUUAAUUCAACUUAUCGAUGGAAAGUCUUCGAAAAGAAAAGAGAUUGAGCAUUGGCUGGAGGAGGGAUUGUCAGGGGAGGGCAGUUGGUGAGUUGGAAAGGUUGAGGGAAAUGAUUAAUGUGGUGAAAUUGAGGGAGGAUAUGUUGGAUUCUUGGAGAUGGGUGUAUUGUAGUGAAGGUUUUUAUUCUGUGAAGGCAACAUAUGAUUUUUUAACACCUGAAGAUUAUAUUCUUGAUUGGAAAUGGUGUAUGAUAAUUUAGUGCAAGAAUAUUCCUUCUAAAUUAAGUAUAUUUGGAUAGAGGUUAUUCCAUUCAGCAGUGAAGGAGAAUCUUGGUAAAAGAGGAGUUGCUUUGCAGGGUGGGAAUGUUGGUUCUGGUUUAUUUAAUGAGGCUAUGGAGGAGCUUAAUCAUUUAUUUAAUGAUUGCAGAGUGUCUUGAAGAAAGCCAUUGUUCAAUAUGAUUUUUAUAUAUUGGCUUGAGUAGUGAAUUUUGUUAUUUUGUGGUUUGUUUAUCUAUAAGUUGGCUGUGUUGAGAUUUUUGUAAAGUUUGUUCUCUUUUGUUAUGGAAUAUCUCUUAUGCUUUGCAUAACAUAAAUUCAUUUGACUUGC